AUGGAUGCAGACGAUGUAGAGAACGACGCCUUCGGCGGCGGCGGCUUCGCGUCGUCGGGCGAGGAGGAUGCCGGCGACGCCAAAAAGCCACGCGCGCUACCAUUGGACCUGCCCAAGUCGCUGGAUGACCGACGGCGCCCAACAGACCUCGUGCCCGAGACAGAACUUUACGAUGGGUGGCAAGGACAGUCCCAGUUCUUGACCUCUCCCAUGCUUGCGAAACCGCUCGGCUUCGGCGACCUCACCCUCAACGACCCCAACUACAGCGAGGACCUGACAAAGGGCCAUGUCCCAGACAGCGACACGCGGCUCAUGGAAAUGCUAGCCGCGCAGGCCGCCCUCUCCAACAACGCCACCGCCAUUGACGAGGACGAGGACGCCGUGGCGUCCAACGAGGAGCUCUCCGACGACGACAAGCGCGCGACCCUGCAGCGUAUCUUUAAUAUGGCGGCCAGCAAUGGCAAUGUCGUGCAGGUCCGCAAGAUUCUGGACGGCCCGGCGCGGCCAUUCAUCGAUCUCAACGCACCCGACGAGGACGGCACGCCGCCGCUCAUCUACGCGAGCUGCUUCGGCCACGAGGGCGUUGUGCAGGCGCUGAUUGCCGCGGGAGCCGACGUCGACCGACAAGACCGCAACCACUGGAGCGCGCUGAUGUGGGCCAUGACGAACCGGCACAAGAACAUUGCCAAGCUCCUGCUCGACAGCGGUGCGGCCACCGACACCAAGACGUCCAGCGGCCGCACGGCCUUUGAUUUUGUGCCUCCGGACAGUGAAAUGUCCUUUUAUCUCCACGACAGCGGCUACAACAUUGGCAACGCCGGCGUGACGGACGACUUUUACAACCCAGGCUUCUCGCAGGACCGGUUCGAAGAGGAGAUGGCCGAGAACGAGAUGCGGCGACGGAUGAUGAUGGAGAGCGCCCGCGACCUGGAGGUCGACCUGGGCAACGUCGGCAUCGACGACCAGCCAGAAGUAAGUAUUUGGAUUUUGGUUUGCACUACUGUAUUUCAACUUUUGCGCAAGGGCUGUGUACUGACAGGCCAGCAGCCAGUGGACGAAUUCGAAGAGGAACAGCAGGAGUUUGACUGGUCACGCUGCUUGCACGACCAGAUGUUUGUGUUCCAGGAGGUCGACCUGGACCGCAUCCUCGACAUUGUCAUCACCAACAUGCAGCCCCAGCGCUCACCGUCACAAAAACCGGUCCCCGCCAACGUCAUCUUCCUGAGCGCCCGCUACGCCCACUACCACGCCAGCCAAGACCUGUUGGCGAAGUUGCUGAUCACCGCCAUGGACAAGAUCAACGACGUUGUCGAACAGCACCAGUGGGACAUGACGAUCUUGGCGUUUUGGAUCUCCAACGCGACGCUGCUCCUACACUACCUGAAGAAGGACUCCGGGCUCGUCGAAGCGACAACUGAGUUUCAAGCGCAGCUCGCCGAGCUCAUCAACGAGAUCUUUAUUCUCAUUGUGCGCGACGCCGAGCGGCGGCUGGACAAGGUUCUCGACGCCGGCAUGCUGGAUCACGAAAUCAUCCCCGGUUUUGAGGACAUUACCUUCCAGAACGAGUGGAAGAUCUUCAAGCGCAAGAAGGAGGUCAAGGAGGAGCCGCUCGAGCGGCGCAUGCGGCCGCCGUCGCCCAAGCAGCGGGCCAAGCCCGCACCGCGCAACGUGACGUCGCUGCUGUCGUCGACGCUGUUCGUGCUGGACCUCUACGACGUGCACUCGGUCAUCACGGCGCAAAUCAUCUCGCAGCUGAUGUACUGGCUGAGCGCGGAGCUGUUCAACCGCAUCAUGUCCAACCGCAAAUACCUGGCGCGUACCAAGGCCAUGCAGAUCCGCAUGAACGUGUCCAUCCUCGAGGACUGGGCGCGCACCAACAACCGCAUGCCCGAGCACUUUGAGCAUGGCGAGAUGCGCUCGUCGGGCGAGCCCACGAUGGAGGCCGCGCGGCGACACCUGGAGCCCGUCAUCCAGCUGCUGCAGUGGCUGCAGUGUUUCUCGUCGCUGGGCGCCGAUGAUCUCGAGGCGCUGGUCGGCACGCUGCAGCAGCUGAAGGCACUGAGCCCGCAGCAGUUGAUCCACGCGGCCGAGCACUACCGGCCCGAGGUGGGCGAAAAGGGCCUGCCCAAGAGUGCGAUGAAGUACCUCGUGGCCAUCCAGCGCGAAGCGACGCUGCGGCGUGAGGAGCUCCGCAACCGGCGCAAGACCAUGUCGCCGACGCCGCCAACAAAGAGCAGCAGCAGCAGCAAAAAGCUGUCGAAUCCCGCCGCCGCACCUGCGCCCGCGGCCCCGGCCUUUGUCGUCAAGGCCGUCGCAUCCGCCGCCGCGAGCGCCUAUGGCGCACCACCCGCCCUGGCCGAUUUCGCCGGGUCAGCGGCCGUCAAGGUGAGCGAGGCGCAGGCGGCCGAAGCGGCCGCACAAGCCGCCCACGACGCACCCUCGACACCCGCCAAGAAGAACGGCGGCGGCGGCAGCCUGACGCCGACGGCCACGCCGGCCAAGACGCGCGACGACGGCGACGCAGACGAGGAGGACGACGCGCCCAAGCACCUGCUUCUUGACCCGGCGCUGAUGCUGCCGUUCACGCUGCCAUCGGCAACGGACAUGCUGGUGUCGUACGGCGCCGGCUUCGGCGGCGUGAACCGCGAGCGCGAGCACAAGUACAUUCCGACGCUGCCGCCAGAGUUCUUGGCCAAGUUGGAGAGCGCCAACAACAACAAUGGCAACCGGCGGCCGAUGUUUGCGGAGAAGGACUGGGAAAACGAGGACGUGUAA